CGGGGGUAAUAGAAACGUCGUUGGACUUGGCCGCGACUAGGGUCCGGAAACGCGCCAUUGCACGCCAUUCUCUGCACCGGUGGCCUUGACUAGCGUAGUUCGGCACGGGUACGCUGCAAAUCUGGAGAAACUGGGGUCAGACCGCACGCCAUGGCUUACAGACAUGCGGAGAGAGCAGAGUUCUACCAUGGACUGGUAGAUAUGGGAAGCAAUGGCAUUCGAUUCUCGAUAACGGAUCUCUCGCCAGCUACUCAGCGUAUUCUACCAACCGUGUACCUUGACCGCGCAGCCAUCUCGCUGUACGAUGCGCAGUACGAAAAUGGCCAGGCUAUACCUAUUCCUGAACAUACUAUCAAACAAGUUGUAAAGUCACUUCUACGCUUCAGGUCGACAUGUCGGGAUUUUGGCGUGCCUGAUGACCAAAUCCGCAUAGUUGCAACAGAGGCAACACGGAAAGCAGUCAAUUCUGAGGCAUAUCGUGCUACCAUCAAAGAAGCGACCGGCUGGACUGUGGAGCUUCUACCCAAGGAGAUAGAAGGCAAGAUUGGCGCACUCGGCGUAGCAAGCUCCUACGAGAACGUACGCGGUUUGAUGAUGGAUCUUGGAGGCGGAAGUACGCAGCUCACCUGGAUUAUAACGGAGAACGGUGAAAUUAGGAUGAGUCCAGCAGGCAGCGUGAGCCUGCCCUAUGGUGCUGCGGCCCUCAUCCAACGACUUGAAGCUGCAGGCAAGACAAAGAGCAAGGAACAUCAAGCCUUUGCAAAGGAGGUGGCCAGUGAUCUGAAAGCUGCUGUCCAGAAGAUCGGCAUCCCUGAGGAGCUCCUCCGGUCUCGUGAUGGUCUUCACCUCUACCUUUCAGGGGGCGGGUUUCGUGGCUGGGGUUUUGUGUUGAUGUCGGAGCAUGCCAUCAAACCAUACCCCAUUCCCAUCAUCAAUGGUUUCCGAACUUCCACAGAUGUUUUCCUGGACACAAUGUCCGUCAAAGCCGCUGUAUCGCAAGAUGAUACCCCUGAGAUCUUCCGGGUCUCAGCAAGGCGAGCGAGCCAGGUCCCUGCGGUUGCUUUCCUCGUGGAAUGCCUCGCCCAGGCUCUUCCUACCCUGACGAACGUCUACUUCUGUCAGGGCGGUGUUCGCGAGGGCAUGCACUUCGCAGAGAUGUCGCCCGAGUACCGUGCAGAGAGUCCACUUGUUACUGCAACUGGACCUUACGCACCACCUUCCAUCAAACAGCUCGUUGACUUGCUGUUUUCCGCUAUUCCAGCACCUUCGCCUGGAGUCAAACCCAUCUUCACCAUGCCUCUGAUUACGGCUUUUGUUCAAGGCGUCUUCGCUCACAUGGCACAAGUCAAAGACCUCCGUGGCGGCUCAGCUCUUCGAAGUACAACAACGGGCAUCUUUUCAACUGCCCACGGCGCAAGCCACGAGGACCGUGCUCUCCUUGCUAUCUUGCUCUGCGAACGCUAUGGUGGAUAUGGUUCCAUAAGCCCGACUGAGCAGGACUUUUACAAGCGGAUGGUGCGCCUACUUCCAGAGGGCAUGGAAUGGUGGUGCAUGUACCUGGGCCGCGUCGCUGCUGUAAUCGCUGCGGUGUAUCCUGCAGGCGCCAUUAGAGAGCCCCGUGUAUCUAUCAGGACGCAAUGGACCGUCACUAAGAAGGGUAACGAAAAGUUGUGCAUCGAUUUUGACUUCAUAAAGGAGAUCGAUGACCUUGAUGAAGGCCUGGAUGCAGCGCUUAGGAAGAUAAGCAAGGCAGGCAAGAAGAAGAAUUGGGUGCAUGGUGGAGGCCACAAAGUGUCCCUGACUGUCAACGGCCGCGAGUACGAUGGCGACGAAGAUUAGAUAGUCGUCCAAGUACAUCUUGUGACUGUCCGCACUGUUCUCCUGAGGUUUCAUAGUGUGUCACAUAGUGCGUGGCGAGCAUCCUGAGGCCCAAAUGUCGAGCUGGACCCUUGAAUCUACUCACCCAACCCCUC